AUGUUUUGGCCACAGCAGUCAUCAGAAAAGCAAAUGUCAGCCUGUCGGCGACAGGUGUUUUUGAAGUUGAAAGGAGUCCUCCUUAUUCGGGAAAGUAUGAAAGAUAUUGCAGGUGUCAACGAACUGAAAUUGCAUGGAAGCCUGACAUUUUCAGUGAACAUGGAAAUGAGGUAUGCGGUGUUGCAAAGGAGAAAAAUUAUCAUAAUAAACGAGGGAUUAAGACGAAUCUCCAGUUACAACCAAAUCAGUCUGUGGAUAAGUGCACUCAAGUUCAAAGUUCGUACAAUUUUCUUUUGGACACGAAGUUGUGGGUCCAGCAGUUGGCUCCUAAUCGUCUGUGGGGUCGAUGUUAGUCUGGAUCGUACCAGUCGUGAUCAGUUCAAAAGUGCCUGGUGUAUGGUAUCGAAGGCUUGUUCUUUGUCUGUUAUUUCGGCGGAAUAUGAUGCAAUUUCACUUGGACUUGGUUUAUUUCGUCUACCACUCAGAGACACAUUCUGUCUGAAAACUACUUUGUCGUACGACCGAUUUAUGAUGCUCGGCACUAGCAUACACAUGAGUGUACACACAAGCUGA